CCAGAGGACAGGACCAGAGGACAGGGACCAGAGGACAGGGACCAGAGGACAGGGACCAGAGGACAGGGACCAGAGGACAGGGACCAGAGGACAGGAACCAGAGGACAGGGACCAGAGGACAGGGACCAGAGGACAGGGACCAGAGGACAGGGACCAGAGGACAGAAACCAGAGGACAGGGACCAGAAGACAGAAACCAGAGGACAGGAACCAGAUGACAGGAACCAGAGGACAGGGACCAGAGGACAGGGACCAGAGGACAGGGACCAGAGGACAAGAACCAGAGGACAGGAACCAGAGGACAGGGACCAGAGGACAGGGACCAGAGGACAGGAACCAGAGGACAGGAACCAGAGGACAGGAACCAGAGGACAGGGACCAGAGGACAGGGACCAGAGGACAGGGACCAGAGGACAGGGACCAGAGGACAGGGACCAGAGGACAGGAACCAGAAGACAGGAACCAGAAGACAGGAACCAGAAGACAGGAACCAGAAGACAGGAACCAGAAGACAGGAACCAGAAGACAGGAACCAGAAGACAGGAACCAGAAGACAGGAACCAGAAGACAGGAACCAGACGACAGGAACCAGAAGACAGGAACCAGAAGACAGGAACCAGAAGACAGGAACCAGAAGACAGGAACCAGAAGACAGGAACCAGAAGACAGGAACCAGAAGACAGGAACCAGAGGACAGGGACCAGAAGACAGGGACCAGAGGACAGGGACCAGAGGACAGGAACCAGAGGACAGGGACCAGAGGACAGGGACCAGAGGACAGGAACCAGAAGACAGGAACCAGAAGACAGGAACCAGAAGACAGGAACCAGAAGACAGGAACCAGAAGACAGGAACCAGAGGACAGGGACCAGAAGACAGGGACCAGAGGACAGGGACCAGAGGACAGGAACCAGAAGACAGGAACCAGAGGACAGGGACCAGAGGACAGGGACCAGAGGACAGGGACCAGAGGACAGGAACCAGAGGACAGGGACCAGAGGACAGGAACCAGAGGACAGGGACCAGAGGACAGCAUAAUAAGUCCUGA